GUCCUGCACAAGUGAUGGGGAAGCACAAUAAGUCAAUAACGUAAUAAACAAAAGUAGAAAAGUUACUGAUAAUUAAUUUCUGAAAAAUAAAAAAAUCUCACUCUAACAAAUCAUAUCUCAUCUCAAUUCUCACUGAGAAGAUACCUUGCCCAGUUUUCCAGUUACCUACUUAUUAAUGUUUGUCGUGAAGACUGAAGCAACACUUACACCGGCACCGGGAGGCGCGACAAGUGACGCAACUCCGGCCUACGCCACUGACUGCAGUCCGCAGAUAAACUAGGCGGCCCGUUAUUGUUAACCGUCCGUUUCCAGGCCGCAGUAGCAGCGGCGUGAGGGAGAGGUUGGAGUGUGGGAGUGGACGGUGUCGGCAAACCUUUCUUGGCGGCAGAACUUCGGCAGGUGAGGCGGCAGAUCUGACAUAGAAGUGAGAAAGUUCCUCUCGAUAUUUUGGCCUGGUUUUUACUUUUUGAUUAAUGGAGGAAAUAUAUUGUUCUAUUUUUUUUAUUGAAAAUAUAUUGUUCUACCUAAUAACUCAUAUUUGUACAAAUAAUAGAAUAAUAUAUAAUUUAAAUGUAAAAUAUUUAAUAUUUUUCAAAAGGAAACGAAAAAAUAUUUAAUUGCAAUAUAAAGCAUUUAAAUGCAUGGUAUUGGAAAUUGGAAUUUUUAUAUUAUUUUAUAUAAAUAUGAGUAAUUAAGUAGAAUGAUAUAUUUUUUAUCGAUCGUAGUUCGCUUUUGCCUUGAUUAAAAGAUGAUUUAAAUUCUAACAAAAUGUAAAGAUAAAGUAAUAAAUUUAAAUUCUGAGAAAGUGAGUCAAAACACUCAUGCUCUCUUUUCUCAAUAGUUUUUUAUUUUUAAGAAUUUUCUAAUUACAAUAAUAUAAACUUUUUUUUUCUAUUCUUUCGUACUACAAGCUUUAUAUGAAAUUUUUUUUAGUAAGUCAAGUUGACUUAUAACCGAUAAAACGGAUAAAUAAAAUUUCAAAAUGAUCUUCCUAUUCCUUAGUAUUACUCUUGUUAAAAAAUUCAAUUUUUUUAUUAAAAUAUAAUUUAAAUUCUGACAAAAGAUAAGUAAUAAAUGAAAACUCUAACUUUUUUCCUUUUGACAAACUGACACUCUCCUCUAUAAGUCACAUGGGAUUCAGUCACACAAAUGCGGAACGCCAAACGGUCAAUUAGAAAACAGUGUAACUUUCUCUCUCAUAUGUUUCCAGAUAAACGGUAGAGAGAGAAAAAGUGGUCCAACCUCAACUUCUUUAUAUGAACCCAAAAUUCCAACACACCGCUCAUUUUUUUUCUCUCUUCAAAACUUCCCUCCAACCAAAAUUGAAUUCUUUUCCAAUUUUCCCUUCACAUCUAAAAUCAUUGUUUGCCGCCAUGAAACUUUCCUUGCCAGAAAUUUGGGUUGCUUUGAAGUUAGCAGCUCCAUAUGUAGCAACAUUCUUAGCAUUCCUUCUCAUAUUGGAGCAAAUCCUGUACCUAAAAAAGAAAUCACACAUACCCGGCCCAACUAUAGUGGUUCCAUUCUUAGGUAAUGUAAUCAACCUCGUUCGAGAUCCAGCCAAGUUCUGGGACGAUCAAGCGGACUACGCCAAAUUGUCUCCACUUGGAAUCUCCGCCAAUUAUAUCAUUGGCAAAUUCAUCAUCCUCACUCGAGACUCAGAAAUGAGCCACAAAAUCUUUGCGAAUGUUCGACCCGAUGCUUUCCAGCUGAUCGGGCACCCUUUCGGGAAGAAGUUAUUUGGGGAGCACAACAUGAUUUAUUUAUACGGGCAAGAACACAAGGAUCUUCGCCGUAGAAUGGCCCCAAAUUUCACUCCAAAAGCUUUAGCCACCUACACCGAUAUUCAACAACUUGUCAUCCUCAAGCACCUGAUUCGAUGGACCGAAACUGGGUCUAACAUCCCGGUUAAGCUCCGGCUUCUUGUCCGCGAGAUGAAUCUCGAAACAUCUCAGAAUGUUUUUGCAGGUUCUUAUCUUGACAAAGAAGCGCGUCAGCGCUUCAAAGUGGAUUACAACUACUUCAACCUUGGUGUGAUCGCGCUCCCAAUCGAUUUGCCAGGUUUCGCGUUUCGUAGAGCGCGUUUGGCGGUAGAUCGGUUGGUUGGCGCGUUGACUAACUGCGUUGAACAAAGUAAGAAAAAGAUGCUUGCUGAUGAGGAGCCCAAGUGUUUGGUUGACUACUGGAUGCAAGACAUGGUACGAGAGGAGAGAGAAUCUGAUACACCGUUGGAAUUUCAACCUCCCAACUGUAGUAACCGUGAGAUCGGUGCCCAUGUAUUUGACUUCCUCUUUGCAGCACAAGAUGCGUCUACGUCUUCGCUACUGUGGGCGGUAACACUCCUAGAUUCCCAUCCGGAUGUCCUUAUGAAAGUUCGUAAAGAAGUAGAAACAAUUUGGAAGGUUGAUUCCAACACGCUUAUUACGCAAGAUCAGCUUGCGUCGAUGAAGUACACACAGGCGGUAGCGCGUGAAGUUGUGCGCUACCGUGCACCUGCCACGCUGGUCCCACAUUUAGCACGGGAGGAUUUCCAGCUAACGGAGAAGUAUAUUGUACCCAAGGGUACAAUUGUGUUUCCGUCUCCUUAUGAGUCUUCUUUUCAAGGGUUUACAAACCCUGAAAAUUUCGAUCCAGACCGGUUUUUUCUUGAGGAGAGAAGGGAGGAUCAGCUCUACAGGAGGAAUUAUCUGGUGUUUGGCGCGGGUGGACACCAGUGUGUUGGCCAGAGAUAUGCUCUCAACUUGCUUGUACUCUUCAUUGCUAUGUUUUCCACCUUGAUAGAGUUUAAACGACACCGUACUGAUGGCUGUGAUGAUCUUGCAUUUUGUCCUACCAUUUGCCCUAAGGAUGACUGCUUGGUUUCUCUCUCUAGAAGGUGUGCCAAGUUCCCUUCUCUCUCCCUUGACUGAGAGCAUUGACUGGACGAUUUCACGUUACCCACGGUGAUUCUUUUUUCUUUUCCCUCUUUCUUUGUUUUUCACCAUUCAAUGUUUUGGGGUUAGAUUUUUUUUUUUAAGGCCAUAUCGCCAUUUUCCAGUCUCGGAAAAUGCCCAGCUAGUCUACACGUGCGGAUACAUCAUUUAAAGCAUGGCUUUAUGUGCAUCGUGGUCUGUGAUGAAAUUUGCGAGAAAGUUCAUAUUUAUUAGUAGUCAAUUGAAUCAACGACACUGUAAACAGUGUGAUGAAUUUAAAUUACUACCAAUUUUUUAUGGUGUGGCUAAAUAUCAAAUAGUUUAUCAGUAAGUAAAAGAAAACAUUAAAAUGGGUUCCACGUAUGUGGAGUUACCUACUUAGUUUCUUAUUACUGGUUUACUAACAAACGAUUUGAUAUUUGGUUCGUUUUUAUUUUCCUCUUGCUGGAGGAAGGGGUGAAACUGGGGGUUGCUGCCUAGGAGUUUAGCUAGGAUUUUUUUUUUUUGUUUGGAUUUGCAAUUCUUGAAAAAGUUGGAUGUCUUUUGGUGUAUGUCAUUUUGCUCUUUAAGAAGAUUCUUUGCUUUUUUAAAGUUUUAACACUUCCCUCAGUUACUAGAAAUUGGAUUGAGUGUGGAACUGUGCAUAUUAGCCUGUAUUCUUUUGGAUUAUUUGUUGUGGGGGAGAGCUAUAUUUGAAAUAUCAGUGUGUAUUAUGGGGAUAUGAUGUGGGCAAAGUGGGUAGCCAAUACAUAUCUGAUGUUGUAAUUUGGAUUUUGAACAGCAAGAAAUGACAAAUUGGUAUCUCCCGCCGAUUCUUUAUCUAUA